GACAUCAUGACCAGCUUCCCAUCGUAUUGUACCAUUGGUCGAGACAUAUGGAUGGCACAAGUGCCACUUAUAUGCUUCGAUAUCAUUGACUGGCAUCUCCCCGAUCGGGUGCUUAGACAAUUUGGACGAGUUCAGAGUGUGCCUGAUCGCUUUGACGCCCACUUGGCUAUGCAUUUUAGAGAUAGGCAUGGCAAAAUGGCCAUUGAUUGAGCAAAGGAAUACCAGACAUUUAUUGGUGAGUGGAACAACCGACGCAACACCAUUGUCCAUGCUGAGAGGAGCAAUGAAGUGCUUACAUCUUCGGACCCAUACAUGUUAUGGUUUCGCCGUCAUACACGUAUAGUACUUAGUAAUCCGAGUGACAUUGCUGCCUUCGGAUACCAAGGCAUCGGGGGUAGUUUAGAGGGAUUGGUUCGUAGAGUUGCGAGGGCAUAUCACAUGGCAGACGCUGCCCAUAUUACACGCGAUGGUAGAGAGGGAUUGGAUGCCAUUGCCGAGAUACGGGAGUUAUUGUACGAUGGUUUGCAACAGGCACACCGACGUGACCGACUAGAUUUCGGCCACUUUGGCGAGGAUCCUUAUAUAGGGGUAGAUAUUACAGUGACAUCAAUGCCGCACCCGAAUAUGCCAUCCACUGAGCCAUCGACAUCAAUGCCUCCACCGCAUCCUACCUCACGUCAUGCACAUCAAUCGGACUAUUUCAAUAUGGAACACUUCGGUGAGGGGCCUUCCAUGGGCUUGUCCCCUCAUGGUCCAUCUACAGCAAUGCAUACACCGCAGACUUCCCCACCUGAAUGUACCAAUUACACAUCCCAGUUUGCCUCUGAGGUAGAUCCUCUAAUGUCUGAACAUACUUCUACACACCAUGGCCAUAUAUUGGACCCCUCCUGGUCACUACCCCCAUAUAGGACAGCGGUUGGUACCCCGGUGACUCCCUUAGCACCACUGUCUACUACAUGUCUGUCUACUAUGAUUCCCUCUGCGUCGACAUUGACCGCACCCGACCCUUUCACAGUACCAUCAUCUCCUACCCCACUAUCAUCUCCUACACCACAUAUAACCUUCACCUACCAUGUUGAUCCACUCAUUACCCAUGACUUCCACAUUGACGGGGAGGGGGAGGGCCCGGUCCAUGCACCUACCAGAGGGAUAGGUAGGGGUAGAGGUUGUAGCGACCGUCGUGGUGUAAGUAGAGGCCGAGGGCGAGGGCGA